CAAUACCAUACUUUUCACGAUUGAACGAAAUCGGAGAAAGACAUGGCAGACAAAAAUUCCGUAGGGAGUGAAGCCGUUUUGGGCCAAAAGUGGGACAGAUGUGUGUCAGAUACUUUGAUCAAGAUAGGUGGAGGUCUUGGUCUUGGUGUUGUAUUUUCAGUCUUCUUAUUUAAGAGGAGACCGUGGCCUAUAGCCUUUGGGUCAGGAGUUGGACUUGGCAUGGGCUACGCCAACUGUCAGCAUGAAUUCAGAGACCCUUUCCAGGUCCGUGGAAAGAUUGUAAAGGUCCUCCCAGACAUAGUCGCAGAUGUACCCAAGGCAGUAGAAGUGCAGGCAACCACGGAGGCAUCAUCAUCAUAGCAACAAUAAGUUAUUCAUAUGUUUUAUUCAAAUAAUAAAUAUUUUGAUGUCAUUUCAUGUGAAUGUAAGUGGAAAGCUUGAAAGAUUUCAGAGAUCCCUUUGUGAUUGUCCAAGGAGAGUCUUUAAACCAGCGUCAUGUGAUGAAGGCGUUUGCAAUUAAUCACAAUUGUGUUGCAGGGGUACAAAGGACAAAAUACAUAUUCAAUGUUUACUUGCAUUUUUUAUAUUCUGCAAUAGUGACAUUUAAUCUUGCUUUUUCUUAAAUCGUUUACUACAUGUACACAUGUCUACCACAAACUUGUUCCAUGAAGACUAUGCAUUUCAUUCCUGAAAAUACCACAAAGAUUGGCAUGUCAAUCAAUAUCAUAAGAUUCACCCUUCUCACUGUUUUAAUGUAUGGGAGUGAACUGGAUUUUCAUCAUUAAGAAACUUUGGGCUAAUGUUCUUCUAAAUUUUGUAAUUGUCAUUGACUAGAUACAAGUGUGCCACCAAAAUCAGCAUACAACAGAUUGAAAUAUUAUGGCAAUGCCACAAUUAGCACCCUGCAUGUAUUUCAUCAAACAUCCUAUCCUACAAAAAGAAUGUAUUAUCAUUCACAUCUACAUGUAAUGACAGCCUGUAAUGGUUAUUGAAACUUGCUCUUGAUAGUUGGGCAUUGAGACCCAGGCUGGCCUUUAAUUACUUCAAUAUGAAGCAGAAAAGAAUUGAAAAUUACUAGCUUUACAGGUGAACUAAAGGGAAAACAUGAUUUGUCAAUAUUUGUUUCAUCCAAGAGCAAUCUAUGAUAAUAGAACGUGUAGGUGUGCAGAAAGUAUCAUUUUCAAAUGAAAGUUCAGUUAUCUGUAUUUUAUAGUAGGAGCCACAGAGAUAUCAGCUGCAGCUGAAACUCAGUUCACUUUCUUUAUCAAGUCUUGUUCACACAUGCCCAGCCGUGUCUUACCAUCUCCCUAGGUCCCAUGGUCUUACCAACCAUUUCUAUGUAGUGUUCAAACAACCUUUUUGGCAUGCAUUACCGGUAUGUAUACAAAGCGUAAACUGCGGGUAUUGCUUUGGACAAUGUUUCACAGAAAAGUCAAACAAAUACUACUUUGUACUGGCUUUUUAAAAAGAAAUAUAGAUGUCCAAAGCUAUUUCAAGCAGGCAGUUAUAUUGACCUCCUGUCUCUUCUGAAUUUAUUGUCACAUCAUACCACUAUGACUUUGUCAACAAAAAGCCACUUAGCUCUCCUGCUGUACUGUUAAUUUGAUGACGUCUCAGAAGAGCUAUUUACGAGAUCAUGCUUGUCGGUUGAGGCUCAACAGUUGAUGUUAAUGUCAGAAUUACAUUUCACCUACUCUUUAUUGCUACUGGUUUUAAACUGAGGUUCUUUUUCUUAUUGGAAUAUACAUUUUGCAAGAUAUUGCUUAAUCAUUCUCAUCAUAAUUCCCGAUUGAUUCUGAAAUUUGCUUUUGCGAAGGGAUUUUAUUGCCAUCAGAAAGUUUUUAAUGUUGGAAGUGUAUGAAGAAUAUAUGGUAUACACUGACUUUUGAGUGUAGUUUCAUGUGUGAAUUAUAUUGACAUGGCUUGCUUUUAAAAAGCUUGUCCAUGUAUCAUGUAUAUAGAUGACAUGAACAAGAUGUCAAUAAUAAAUUGAAACAUGGUAAAAAGAUUAA